AUGAAUUCUAUGUUCGAACUGUUGAAAAACAAUCACAAUUUAGUUUACGGCAGUGGUGGAAGUAGUAGUGACCAAGGCUCUUCCAAUCUUUCCCAUGAAGUCGUUGCUGGUGCUGCUUCGUUUGCUGCAACAAAGAUGUUUGAGGAUAGACAGAGAAAGAAGGGACUUCCUGUUAGUCAUUCGUUUGCAAAGAAAGCUCUCAGUGCUCUUGCUGGUUCUGAAAUCGAUAAGAUCUUUGAAACCAAGGGAUUAAAUCACUUGGAUAAAGAACAGACAAAAAAUGAAGCUAUUGAAAAGGUCAAGCAAGGAUAUGAUGAAAGUUAUGGACAACAAGACCAAUGGUCACCAGAGUCCCAAUCACCAAUUUUGUGA